AUGUCAUUUAAUAUAUUUGAUCAAUACGAGAAAACCGAAGAUCAUGAUCUCAGAUACAUGGCUCUCAGAGAGUAUUUUUUAGGCAUUGAUAGUCCCGGGAACGACCGCCUUCUACUCAAGCUCGUGUCACGUGUUCUUAUACCUGCCCUCUCUGACCGAGAUCGAGCCGUUUCGGAGCUGGUCUCCACUCAAAUAUUUCCUCACAUCGCUCAGAUAAAUCCAGUAGGGAUCGAACACUGUUUCGUACUACCACUGUGUCAUAAGCUUUUCGAAUCUGUCGCCCACCUGCACUGCAGUCCCCAGGUUCUUCAGGCCCUAAAAAAUGUGCUUUCCCGGACAAACUGCGCUUUGCAAACAUCCAAACCGCUCGAGGUAUACUGCGAGACACUAUUUGCGACAAGCGAUAGAACUUAUAUAGUAUGGGAGACAUUGGCCUUGCUGCUGAAGAGAACGCCGACAGCGCUCUCGAACCACGUGAUACAAGACACAUACCCUAAACUCUACCAUUUGGCCUUGAGCGACGAGGGACCUGCCGCCAUGGCUGCUGUUCGUGCAGCGACUGCCAAGAUAUCCCCUUCGGUUUUGACUGCGACAUUGGAACAGAAUCACGAGCUUUCGGAAACUCAUCUCGGGCUUCUCUCUCACAUUUCGUGCGAGUACUCCGCUUUUCGGUCGCUAUACCCGGAGCUCAUUGCCAUGCUUCUGGUAAUGCCCUUCACAGAUAAUACGUGCCAAACACUGGUCAACCUUUCUGUCUGGUUACAGCAGCCCGCCAUGGACGUAAAAUCCGCUGUGAAGGAAGAGUUGAGCACCAAAUUGUUUGCGAAGUGUCACAGUGUCUUGCUCGAGUACGCCGAAACAAUGGAGACAGUUUCAGAUGAAGAGGUAGAUCCUGAUCAAGACGCUUACCUCAAAGAACUAUCGCCAGACGGAGAUGGGGAAGACCCUGUAUUCGAAGAAGAAGAUGGAGGGGGAAAAGAAGGUUCACACGACUUGCCGGAUGCCGUCAGAUGCUGCCUAGAAAUGUUAAAACAGGUCAAGCUGCCAAUACCGCAGAAUUUCACCGCUAUUCUCAGUUUACCAAGGUUCGAAAAUGGCUUGGUUUCAAAGUUGAUGGAAGAGGGACGAUUCGAUGAUGAUUGCGCACUCACACAACGUGGAUCAGUUGCGUUCGAAUCAUCCGCAGGAGAGCUUGGCAAAUCAAGCCCAGCGUUGCCUCACGAAAACCACAUGGAAACAACUCCCGGCUUCCUGACUUCGCAGGCCAAUCUUACUUUGACGGACGCAGGCAAUUUCAUGAAUAAAUCCCCUCAAUUGACCAAGACCGACCAAACAGCACUCAUUGGCCUACUCUACGAAAAUCUCAGCAGUGAAAGUGACGAUCUUGCAACCUUAGAAAUGGCGGUUGAUGUAGCAGCCGUUCUUUCAGGCCGCGAAGAAAUGCAAAAAGCACACGAUUUAAUCGCCCACUUAUUAUGGCCCCACUUGAAGCCCAAUAAGUCCUUCAUUCGGACGAUUAAGGUAGGAAAUAUGAAGCAAGCCAUCGACGACGGCGUUUCUUUUCGACUAAACUGUUACACUUUGCUGCAAAGGUUACAGCUGUGCUAUCAGUCCAGAUGUAAGACCCUCGAGGAAUGUGUGGAAAAGGGAUUUAAAGACGAGACGGCGAUCAAAGAAGUAUCAGCCGCUUUGUUUACCACCAUAUUUGAACAAAGCUUCUCUGACAUUCAAACCCGUGACGCCCAUUGGUUUCGUGAAAAGCUUUGCCCGCGGGUGCAGGACCGGCUCAACAAAAUGCUUGCCACCAAGCCCAACGAGGCUUCAACAUCGCAGCAAAUCUCACAAUGGACAAGAAGCGUCACGAGCUUACAAUAUGCACGGGCGCUGCUGGUUACAGCGAUGCAGACGAGUCCAACAUUUCAAGGUGACCAAAAAUGUGUUUCUGACUGA